CUAUGUCAAACCUAGCUGAUAAACCUAAAAAGAGGAUAGCGGAGAGGGGGCAUGAAAACAAACUGCGUUCCCUGGAGCAGCGUAGGGAGGGGAAGCAGACAAUUAUAAAGGAGGGGAAAUAUCAGUCUUUAGUCUGGGACAUGUAGAGGUGUAGGGAAGAGCCUCGAAUACAGCAUAAAAGCUUCGCCUGUGGAAUACGUUACAGUGCAUGCAAUGGUUAACUGUAAGGCUCUCGUGAUUUCUGUCAUGGAUGUAAGACAUUUCUUACACCAGUCGGAUAUCGAGGAAGCUAAAGGGUAUCUGGACGGGUUUUCCAACAGGGGUUUGUCGGGAAGUCGUCAGCUAUUGGGUUUGUGAGACGGACGGAUUAUGGUAGAUAAAGACGAGAGAAGACAAGCAAAGGAGUCUUUGUCAUUUCUUGUUUCAUCAGCCUCAGCUUCCACGGGUUCUGCGGAAAUAAAAUAUGACAUUGGCCCCUUUUUGCUAAAUCAGCAUACUUCUACCUCAAUAUAUCGAAAAGUUCCCAAGGGAAUGUGGCUAAAAGAUCCCCCGCAGAAGUGACAUCAGAUAAGAACAAAGUCAAGUUUCUAAGCCAUGAACAAUCCAACGGACAUGUCGACCUUUCCCACCCAGCCAGGGAGCGCAGACCCGGAGCCUGGUGCCAUCGUGAUAACCAAGCUGAAUGAGGGCAUAACGACCAUAGCCAUGAACCGCCCAAAGAAACGAAAUGCCAUCGACAUUCCAACUGCGAAGAAACUCCACGCUGCAUUCCUCGACUUCGAAGCCGACGCAACUCAGAAGAUCUGCGUCUUACACGGCAAUGGAGGCACAUUUUCCUCCGGCUUCGAUCUGACGCAGCUGACGAAUUGGCAUGGACCGGCACCGAACAUAGCUCAUCAUUCCAGUAUCACCAGGGCGUACUUCGAGCCUGUUCGUGGUGAAAAUAUGGGACCGCUCGGACCAACUCGAAUGCAUGUUCGAAAACCAGUGAUAUGUGCUAUCUCCGGCCACGCCGUUGCUGGUGGUCUAGAGCUGAGUCUACUGGGAGACAUGAGAGUAGUAGAUGAAGACGCUAUAUUCGAAGUAUCUUCUCGGAAAUUAGGGGUACCGCUGCUCGACGGAGGAACAGUCAGGCUGCCGCAAAUCGUGGGUCUAGGGCGAGCUCUAGAUAUCAUAUUAACAGGGCGUCCAGUGACAGCAAAGGAAGCUCUGGAUAUUGGGUUGGCGAGUCGGGUGGUGCCGAAGGGUCAAUCGUUGGGCGAAGCGAUGAAACUCGCACGGAUACUCGCAUCCUUCCCGCAAGAAUCUUUGAAUGUCGAUCGACAGUCGUGUUAUUAUGCUGUAUACCACGCACAUUUGCUUGAAGACGCGUUGUCUCAAGAAUUUGAUGCAGGCACCAGAGUCAGCGACAUGGCCAUUGAAGCUGGGUUGGCAUUUGUUCGGAAAUCGCGGAGACAGUCGAAGCUUUGACCAAGGAAGCAGCUGCCAGGGCUACUACAGUAUUUUGGUGAUGCGCCAACGGCUCUCGGGGAAGAAAUGAUGAGAUGGAGCUGGUUCGUUUUCUUUCUUUCCUUGUUGAUCGUCUCCAAAAUGUCCCAUCCUUUUAACGGCUAUAAUUACUGUAUCAUGCUUCUUUGGACUUCAGCCUUCGGCCCCUUUAGAUUCGAUUCGCUGCCAUACUAGCACAUAUCGCACGCUUCGCAUCCGAAUUAGCAAGAUUAAAUAGGGUUUUGUACGAGCAUUUCCUAUUGAUUUUCUUGUUUUGUUCUUUUCCUUGAUUCUUUCUGGUUAUGUUAGGCAUAUAGUUAGGAACAUUAGUCCAUUGGUUAGUUAAUAUCAAUUUACCAAACCCUCACCUCUAACUGUA